GGUGUGGCUCACUUGAGAUUCUUGACCAUCGUUCAUUUCCAGGCUGAAACAUGGCUUCCCAGUGUGAGGAGAACAAGCAUGACAAGCCUAUUGUGUACCAAGAGGAGCUGCUCCAUCCUGAACUGCAGCAAAUGAUAGAUGAAAAUUUCACUAUAGUUUGGCCUGACCAAGUAGACAAGUUCAGAAAGAAGAUUGUCGCACUGUUGGUGUGCAAAAACCCAAGUCCUGUGAAUGGGGAGCUCUUGGACAAGUUCCCUGCUGUGAAGGUGGUUGGAAAAAAUGGUGUUGGUUAUGACGCUGUUGACGUUGGAGCAUGCAAGGCUAGAGGCAUCCGAAUAGGUAACACCCCAGGGACUCUAAAUGAUACUACGGCGGACAUGGCUUUUGCACUGUUGUUGGCGACAGCAAGACGGGUGUGUGAGGGAGAUCAUAUUUGUAGAGAUCCGGCAACAAAAUCCUUUGACUUGAACUCGUUUGGGUACCAAGUGAGUGGUCAGGUGAUGGGUAUCGUUGGAUUGGGGCGAAUCGGAAUGGAGGUAGCUAAGCGAGGAAGAGCAUUCUCCAUGACCGUGCUGUACCACAACAGAAGGCAAUGUGAUGGUGCUGUAGAGAAGGAAUUGUCUGUUUCUUAUAUUCCCUCGUUACACGAGCUUUUGCAGAAGUCCGAUUUUGUGGUAGUGGUGGUUCCUGGGAGUAAAGAAAAUGUUAAAUUGUUUGGCAAGACAGAAUUUGCUGCUAUGAAAAGGAGUGCUGUUUUCAUCAAUGUUUCAAGAGGUGUUGUUGUUGAUCAAGAUGCCCUUGUAGCUGCAUUAUCGUCCAAUCAAAUUGCAGCCGCUGGACUUGAUGUAACUACCCCCGAGCCAUUGCCACGAGACCACCCCCUUCUCAGUCUGUCGAAUGUAACCAUCACACCACACUGGGGCAGUGCUACACUUGUCACAAGGAAACGUAUGAUGGAGAUGACAAUCAAAAAUAUUCUUGCUGGAGUAAGAGGAGAGCCUAUGCCGGGGGAGGUACUGAACUAGAACCAUGUGUACUGCAACUACUGCUUCCCUUAAUAUUUAACCCGAGGCGCGUGGGCGGCCACGGGUUAUAGUAGUCUGUCUGUUUGUCUGUUUGUUUGUUACCCGAGGCCGUGCCGCGGCCAGCGGGUAUAGUAGUCUGUUGGUUUGUUUGUUUGUUUGUUUGUUUGUGAUGGGGUUUUCUACUCACCUGGAUGCCAUAGCGCUGCGUUUGCAGCAUAGAUAGCCUUCACACAACAAUAUCUUGAUUUAAAUAGUGGCAGAUUUUGAUGUUAAAGUUUCUUUGUCGAAUAAAAGCGAGCAAAAGCUAAACUUGCCCGUUGGCAGCUGCUAACUACACGCGGCCUUUAUUCGAGAUACCCUAUGUUACAUUGUGAUUUUUCCACAUGGGUUACUUACAGCUGACGUGAUCCUGUACCAGAAACAAUGGAACAGGGUCACUAAAGUAGAAAGCUAGAAUUACUACCUCUGCUGACUAGGUAUUUGCAGCUGAAGUGAUCCCGUAACAUGAAUAACUCUUUCCUUGGCAAUCUGUUGUAGAAAUUACAACAAUGGGUAAGGAAUCGUUAUGAUGAAUUAGAUGAAGUUGUAUGUGAGCUCCUCCCUGACAAACAAACUGUAGUCUAGGUAACCGCCUUAUCAGUCAAGUAGGCUAAAAAUCUGUGUCCUUUGAUGUAAGCUUUGAUGUCUCUUUGUGCAUAUGUAGUUAUAAAAAAAAAAAAAAAAAAAAAAGAAA